CUGAUGAUGACCCGAACGCCUUCGCCUGCGUCUCUGAUUCUCUCCGCGCCAACAUUGCCAACGCCCUCACCAGGGUCACCCAGUACAAUGCUAAGGGAAUCCUCCAAGCCCUCCAAUACAACCUCGGCCUCCAGGGAUGGGCCAUGAUCGUCGCCGACUUCCAGUUCGAGGCCAGCGAGAUCUUCCAGGCAAAUGAUUUU